AAGCCCUGGGAAAGGCUUGUGCUAGCUUGGCUGCCUGUCACCCUGCCGAGGAGGACUCCGUCCGCUGCAAGGAAGAGGGAGGCUACCCGCACCAAAGGCAUCCUGCGAGAUGGCCGCAAUCAAUGGGGCCGUAGAAAACGGGCAGCCGGAGAAGAAAACGACCCCUCCGCUUCCUCAUCCUAUUAGGAACUUGGAGAUCAAGUACACCAAGAUAUUUAUUAACAAUGAAUGGCAUGAAUCAAAGAGUGGAAAGAAGUUCCCUACCUUUAGCCCUUCAAAGGCCGAGAAGAUCUGUGACGUCGAAGAGGGGGACAAGCCUGAUGUCGAUAAAGCAGUAGAGGCAGCAAAAGCAGCCUUCCAAAGAGGAUCUUUGUGGAGACAAAUGGAUGCUGUGAGCCGAGGAAGGCUCCUCAACAAGCUGGCCGAUCUCAUUGAGCGAGACAGAGUGGUGUUGGCGACCUUGGAAACAAUGGACACAGGGAAACCAUUUCUGCAAGCAUUUUUCAUUGACCUCGAAGGCUGCAUAAAGACACUUAGAUACUAUGCUGGCUGGGCCGAUAAAAUUCAGGGGAAGACUAUACCUGUGGAUGAAAACUUUGUCUGCUUCACCCGACAUGAGCCUGUGGGGGUUUGUGGUGCCAUUACACCGUGGAACUUCCCCUUGCUCAUGUUGAUUUGGAAGAUGGCACCUGCUCUGUGUUGUGGAAACACCUUAGUUGUUAAACCUGCUGAGCAAACCCCGCUUACUUCACUAUACAUUGGCUCUUUAAUCAAGGAGGCAGGAUUUCCUCCAGGUGUGGUUAACAUUGUGCCGGGAUAUGGUCCCACAGCUGGAGCUGCUAUUUCUACGCAUCCUAACAUUGACAAAGUAGCUUUUACUGGGUCAACAGAGGUUGGAAAGCUGAUCAAAGAAGCUGCUUCGAAAAGUAACCUCAAGAGGGUGACGUUGGAGCUUGGUGGGAAAAAUCCUUGUAUAGUCUGUGCGGAUGCUGACUUGGACUUGGCGGUGGACUGUGCCCACCAGGGUGUCUUUUUCAACCAAGGGCAGUGCUGCACAGCUGCCUCUCGAGUUUUUGUGGAAGAGCAGGUGUACCCAGAAUUUGUCAAGCGCAGCGUGGAGUAUGCAAAGAAGCGACUCGUGGGGGACCCAUUUGAUGCCAAAACUGAACAAGGACCCCAGAUUGACCAAAAACAGUUUGACAAAAUCUUGGAGCUGAUAGAAAGUGGCAAGAAAGAAGGAGCCAAGCUGGAGUGUGGUGGUUUAGCCAUGGAAGACCGAGGCCUGUUCAUAAAGCCAACCGUAUUUUCAGAGGUCACAGACAACAUGCGCAUUGCUAAGGAGGAGAUUUUCGGACCCGUGCAGCCCAUAAUGAAGUUCAAAAACAUAGAAGAAGUGAUAGAAAGAGCCAACAGCACAGAAUAUGGGCUUACAGCUGCUGUGUUUACAAAGAAUUUGGAUAGAGCCCUAACACUGGCAUCGGCACUGCAGUCUGGGACAGUCUGGAUCAACUGCUACAAUUCCCUUUUUGCACAAGCUCCCUUUGGCGGCUUUAAAAUGUCAGGAAACGGGAGAGAAUUAGGUGAAUACGCUCUGACUGAAUACACAGAGGUGAAAACGGUCACCAUUAAACUGUCGCAGAAGACUCACUGAGUGAGGAAUGCCACGAGACCUAAAACUCUGACGCUCUGAAUGUUAAUGUAUAGUGGGGGGUGGGGGUUGCUUAAAUCUCGCCGGGGGGAGGAAAGUAGCUAAACUCUUUGAAAAGCAAACCAUCUAUAUAACAUGUUCGGGUUCUUUAAAAUUCCAACCACUUUGUUUAGACAUUUGUUUCAGGCCAAAAUGGAGGAUCUUAAAAACUGCAUGCUGAAAAGUCACAAAAUAAUGAAUGUUGAUACGCAUGAGCUAUGCUCUGCAGCCAGCCCUGCUCUACUGGCACCACAUGCGCUUCAGUAGCAACUAGAGACACAACAAAAGGCCUUGUGGUCAGAAGCAAUCCCUUCAAAUCACACACGGCACUUUGUCCAAAUUCUGCAUCUUUGACAUGUGCUCAGGGGCGGCUGUGGCUGUGUGCAUGGGAUGUGUGUGUUAGUUGAUUCACCAGCAUGGCUCCUACUAGGACCCUCUCUUCUUCUGAUGAUGAUGAUGUUGUUGUUAGAAAAUAGAUAUAGGGCACACAGGACACACUUAUAUGCCCAAGGAACUCGCAGCUUACAGUGAUUUCGCUUAUGCGAUUUCAACUUUAUGCAGCUGGCAAGAA